CGCAAUUUGCCGCCAAUCUCUAUUGUGAAAUUCCUUUAGUUGGAUUUUUAUAGCGGAGGACAUGUCUACUAUUGAGAAAUUGUCUAUACAAGGCGUGCGUAGUUUUGGUUGCAAUGCCGAGGAUUGCCAGAGCAUUACAUUUUCGUCGCCGGUAUCAUUGAUCCUUGGAGAGAAUGGUUGUGGAAAAACUACAAUUAUAGAGUGCUUGAAAUAUGUACUCACAGGCGAUUGUCCACCUGGCAGCAAUAGCGGAAAGCAUUUUGUACAUGACCCCAAAAUAUAUGGACUAUCCGAGUCCUUGGCGCAAAUUAAAGUUCAGAUUCGAAAUAAAGUCGGCGCUCGCAUCUCCGUUUGCCGUCUGAUGAAGGUUUCCAUGAAGCGCGAUAAGGUGUCAUUUGAGACGCUUAGCCCAACAAUUAAUUAUAUGAAUGACAAAGCAAACGAGUUGAAAAAUCAUGAUUUUCUAGGCGGACGCAUUGCAGACAUUGGAAAUGGCAUUUGUGACUUCAUGGGCGUUUCAAAAGCCAUUAUCAAUGAUGUGCUGUUUUGUCAUCAAGAGGAUGCCAGCUGGCCACUGGACGAGCCAAAAAAAUUGAAAGAAAAAUUUGAUGAUAUUUUUGGAAUUUCCGAGUACGAUAAGGCGCUUGAUAAGAUCAUCAAAAUGCGCAAAGAAGCCCAAGAGGAAAUCAAAGUUAUGGAUGCUAAUAUGAAAUUGCUGUUUCAUUUAAAGCAGGAGAUGGAGGUGAAAACAAUGAAUCUUGAAAGAGCUCAGCAAAAAUGUGAUUCAAUAAAGGCGCAAUGCGCACAGUGCGACGAGGAAGUUAAACCAAUCGACGCACGGCUUGGAGAAAUCAGGGAUAUUGAAUAUGACAUCAGCAAAUAUCAGGCGCAAAAAGUAGAGAUGGACACAAAACAUAAGAAUUGCAUCGAACAAAUAUCAAGCAUUGCAAAGAAAAUUAAAAAGCCCUUUGAAGGGUCGUUGGCGGAACUGGAUAUCGAAAUUCGGUCUUUCGACCAAAGAAUGUCUGAGUUGCGACUUCAACGCACAGAUGUGGAAGAACAUCUUUUUAAGAUAAAGAACAAUAGAACCGAGCUUCAAACAACUCUUGUGGCACAGGACAAAAAACGAUGCAUAGCGCAACAGCAGCAGCAAUCUGAGCAGGAAUGCAAAUCGCAACUAGUGAAGGGCUUAAAAGCCUUGUGUGAACAGUUGCAAAUUCCUGUAAAGUCUUCGCUGGAUAUGCCUGAAGAAGUUGCCGAUUUAAUGCACGACAUUGAAGUAACGUUAAUGAGCAAACAGUGUGAGAUUGCAGAGUUGACUGCGAACAAUGAUCAAGCGGACCAUGAACGUCAGACAAAGAUCGACGAGCUGCGCACUGAGUUGACAAAAUCUGUAGAGGGUGUUUCAACUCAAGAAAAGCAAAGAGAGGCUAGCGAAAAAGAGAUUGCGGCGCUUGAGUUGAAAAUAAAACAAAUUGAAACAUCAAUGCAUCAAUUAAAACUGUUGGAAAAAGAGAUUGCAGAUAUUGAUGAAAAGUACGAGAGGGCAACCAGAAGCUUUAAUCUAGAAAGUAUCCGUGAAGUGAUAGCCACUAAAAAGGCAAAAAUUUCCGAAAAGCAGGCACGCUUCAAGAAACUUGAUGAGCAACUGACAUUCCUGAACUCCAUUGCAAAAUUGAUGGCUGAAAUUACCCUUAAGGAAAAGGAGCUAGAAAAAAAGGACCAGGAGGUGCAGCGGGUCCGAAACAAGCACAGUGAUCAUUUUGGAAAAUUUUUCAAAGAAAACAUUACGUCAAACUAUCGAAGGGCCAUGCAGGGCGCUUAUGAUAAAUUGCGACGGGAUAUAAAGGACCUUACAGAUAAGGCAAAUGCUGAGAAGCUUAAAGAACAGUCGCAUAAUAUUGGCCGGAAAAAUCUCAAAACCGAAAUUGCACGAAUGGAAAAAGAAUUGGCUGAAUCCGAGGAGCUUAUAUUUCAAAAAUGUCAUUCUACACCCUAUGAUGAAUUGCUAGAACGUAACAAAGCUGUUAUUUCAAAGCUUCAGUUAGAACACGGUGCUCUUAAAUCAGCAGAAGCGAUGUAUAAAAAGUACAUCCAGAAAAUCGAGGAGGAGCCUUGCUGUCCCUUAUGUCAUCACAAUAUGUCCGGCGAUGAAGCAACAGACCUAACCUCUGAGCUAGCUGAUGAAAUUCAUAAGCUUCCCGUCAAUAUAAGUGUGGCCGAAAAGUCUUUAAAAGCCGAGCAACUAAAGUACGAAAAUCUCCUUCAAAUGAAACCUCUUAUUCUAAAGGUUAAAGAUCUUAAGGAAUCAGUUCCUAAAAAGAAAGAGGAAUUGCGAAAAAUCGAGGAACUACUUGGAGAUGCAGUCAAUCAAUAUGAGACACAAAUGGCUAUGCUUGGAGAGCCCACACACAAUUUGGAGUUGGCCAAUUCCAUGCUAGGAGACAUGACUAUAUUAGAUGAGGCCUUAAAGGAGGCAGCACGCCUCAAAAAGGAUUUGGAUGUGCUUAAGCUUAAAUUGCCCAGUGAUUAUGACUCUAGCGUUUCCAUCGAUGCGGUGCAGUCAGAAAAAGUACAGGUCUCAGAAGACCUCGAAACUGAACGUAAGGCAUUAGAGGCAAAUCAACAAACCUAUGAAAAGCAAACUGAGGCACUGAACUGUCUUCGUGAGAAGAAGAAUAAAUUAAAAGACCAUCAGAUAAAACUACAGGAAGGCGUGCAAAGUCUACCCCAACUAAAGGAAAGGCUUGAUGAACUUACUCGUCUAAUGAUUACAAUUGGCACAGAAAUUUCAGCAUUGAAGUCAAAAAUUAAUCCGUUAAAGCAAAAACUGAAUGCAGCCAUUACAGAAAAAGCCCGUCUGAAAGAAAGCGAACGAUCCAAGUUGGCGGAGCUGAAUAGUAAAUAUAAUUCAUACAGGAGUGCAGAUGAAAAUAUACAAAGAUUAAAUACUGAAGUCCGGAACUUUAACAAGUUAGACCUAAAAAUUAAAAUUCAGGAAUACGACGCCUCGAUUAAAAGCAUAAAAGAUAAAGUGAAUCAAUUGGAUACUGAUAUCGCUUCAAGCAGUGAAAAAUUGGAAACAAUUAAAACGGAAUGUCUCAAUCAACAAACCAUCGACCGAGACCUCAAAGAUAAUCGUGAACUUAAACAACUGCAAAAAAAAGAGAUCGAUUUAAUGGAAAGCUGUGAAGCGCUUGCUAAGCAAUUGGGAAAUCUUGACUUCGGCAACAUUUCGAGAGAGAAACAGGGCCUUAUAAAAAAGAAAGACGCAGCGUCUAUACGUCGUGGCGCAUUGCUAGGUCAGCUGGGCGAAAUCAACAGCCAGAUCGAGAAGCUUAAGCUUGAAAUUGAAGAACCCAAGUACAAGCAGUCGCUUAAGAACUAUCGAAAGGCACAUUUUGAGUUGAUGGUAGCCCGACACAGCAUUGACGAUCUUGCUCAGCAUCGUGAUGCAUUGGAGUGGGCGCUUAUUCAAUUUCAUUCCGAGAAAAUGGAUAAUAUUAACCGCCUGAUACGUGAGUACUGGCGUUUGAUUUACCGUGGCAACGACAUCGAUUAUAUUCAAAUUCGGACUCAGGACCAAUCCAAUAAAUCUGCAAAUCGCCGCAAGAGUUACAAUUAUCGCGUGGUCCAAUCGAAAAAUAAUUCGGAGAUCGAAAUGCGUGGUCGUUGCAGUGCAGGUCAGCGGGUGCUUGCUUCUCUUAUCAUCCGCAUGGCCUUGGCAGAGACUUUUAGUAGCAACUGCGGUGUUUUAGCUUUGGAUGAGCCUACUACCAACUUGGAUCAAGCCAAUAUAAUAUCGCUGUGCGAUGCACUCAACCGCAUUGUUGAGGAACGCCAGUCCCACUCAAAUUUCAUGCUGAUCAUAAUUACUCAUGACGAGAACUUUAUUUCCACCUUGGGUAACAUAACCAGCUAUCAUCGGGUCGCCCGUAAUCAUGAAUGCAAAUCAACUAUUCGUAAUGCACUAAUUGAAUAGAAGAUAAAAUUGUUGUACACUUUAAAGUAUUUGAAUUUAAUAAUAAUUUACUAUGCAAGUAUAAAGUA